AACAUUGUAUAGCCUGUGGAACAUCAUACAGCCUGUGGAACAUCAUACAGCCUGUGGAACAUCGUAUAGCCUGUGGAACAUCGUACAGCCUGUGGAACAUCGUACAGCCUGUGGAACAUAGUAUAGCUUGUGGAACAUUGUAUAGCCUGUGGAACAUCGUACAGCCUAGUGGAACAUCGUAUAGCCUGUGGAACAUCGUAUAGCCUGUGGAACAUCGUAGAGCCUGUGGGACAUCGUACAGUCUGUGGAACAUCGUAUAUCCUGUGGAUGUGCGAUUAGAUGACAUCAAAUAUUCAGGUAACAAUGAAUAACACGACGAACCUGCCCGUUGCUCCCAUCAGUCCCUGGGAAGCGAUUAAGCUUCAUCCCAUCAUCGCUUUCUUCUGCGUGCUGCUGGUGCUUGUCGGGAUCCCAGGAAACUGUUUUAUCCUUUACAUCUACACCAAGAAAAUCAACCUCGACAUUUUUGGUUUCUUCAUCAAAACAUUAGCAGUUCUUGAUCUCAUCACCUCCAUUGGAAUAAUACCUGCGUCUCUGAUAUCCAAAAUCUUUCCAAAUAUUAACCUCUCUGAAAUGUGUAAAUACAUCACCUUUGUGUGUUACUUCAGUUCCUCCACUACAGGCAUUCUGUAUGUUGUAAUAGCUGUCCAACGGUUCAUGAAAAUCUGCCAUCCUCAUGCAUCUCAGCUAAAAAUGCAUCUGGCCAGGAAGGUGACCCUUGGGUGCAUCAUCUUCUGCUUCGUCUCAGGCCUACCUAUUGUCUUCAUAAUGACAAACAGUAAGUUACAGAUUAAAUGGAAUGUGAACAACGAGGAGCGUUUGGUGAAGGGUUGGACAUGUGACUACACUGAAUCAGCCAAAGAUAUGAAGAUAUCCUUAGCAUUUUCCUCGUGGAUGUUUAUAUUCGUGGUGUGUACCGUGACCUCAUUGACAGUGUUGUACUCGAAGAUUGGCUUGAAACUGAGAGAACAUACUCGGAACAUGAGUGUUUCCUUCAGGUCAACAAGACGACAUAAAACGUCUGUGACUGUAACAGCAACGUUUUUCAGUCUGACCAUCAUCUACGUCGUGAGUGUUUUCCCACGUCUGGUGCAGGCUAUGCUGUUUAGCCAGAGUGUGAUCAGCUCUGACCUGACAUUCACACAAGUGCAGAUGUCUGACUUUGCCGUUCAGUUGCCUUUUGUUAACUGUGUUGCUAAUCUUUUCAUUUACGGUUUUUCCUCCAAAAGAUUCCGACGUGUGGCUGUAACUGUUCUUUGUGGCAGAUUACAUUCUGACCAAGCUGUUACUACAGAUACACGAUCUCAGACGAAAUACAGUCGAACCCAGACGGAACAAAGCCGAGGCGAUGCUAUAAUAUAAACCAGUCCACUGCAGCGCUUCGAAUGAGUGUGUGAGUUAGAGACUAUGGUUUUAAGCUGCUUUUAGCACUAUCUCAGCAAUAUCACGGCUGGGGACAUCAGAAAUUGGCUUCGCGCGAUCUUCCUUCGAGGAUGGAACAUCUGAGUACUAAUCAAGGAUCGGUAUCUGGUAUCAGAACUGGAUCCGAGUGUCUUAAUGUUCCGUUGUAAAUAUAUUGAUACAAGAGUCGACCUAAGGUGUAAAAUAGAUCAAUGCAUUUAUUGCACAACUGAAAUAUUUCGUAAAUAAAAGAGUAACACUAUCAGACAAA